CCCGGGAGAGAAGGACGGUGGCCGCGCCCUACCCCGGGACGGCCCGUGGGAGCUGACCGGGCCGUGCAGGGCCGGGAGGCCGCCCGUAAUCCCGGCAAGAAGGAGGAGGAGCGGGAGUCGUCGCCGGGAUUGGGAAUUCGGAUGGAGCAGAAAAGGGAAUCUCGUCCCUCGGGGGUUCGCAAUCCGCCCAACAGGGGGCGCUGCUCCUGGACGGUCCUCCUGCUCAAAGCCUCCUUGUUUUGCUUCUGGAUCCAGGGUGCACCAGCCCACCUAACGAUCAUUCCCUGGCCACAGCCCGUGGCCCAGGGUCAGGACGUGACGCUGACAGUCCAGAGAGUCCUUAAUCGCCCCUUCUCCUGGCACCGUGGGACAGACACAUCACACCAGUCCAUGAUAUUCAAACAACCCAGAGCCCAAAAUCUAAAAAAGGGCCCAGCUUACUCAGGCCGGGAAAAGCUGAAGCCGGAUGGCUCCCUCAGGAUCACAAACGUGACGCUGAGUGACACGGGCAGCUACACCCUGUCAUUGUCGACUUUUCCUUUUGGAAAACUGGCCAAGGCAGAUAUCCAAGUCUUGGCACAGGUGUCCCGGCCCAGUCUCACUGCCUCCAGCACCGACACCGUGGAGCUCCGGGACUCGGUGAUCUUUUGGUGCCUCCCCGGGGACCCAAGAGAAAGCGUGGUUUGGUUUGUGGACAACAAGGCCCUGACGACCAGCGACAGGCUGGAGUUGUCCCCCAGCAACAGGACGCUCACCCUGUACAACAUCACCCGUGGGGACAUCGGCACCUACCAGUGUGAAGCCCGGAAUCCGGUCAGCGCCCAGAGGAGUGACCCCCUGACGCUGACCGUCAGCUCUCUCUCUCCGACUCACAAACCAUUCGGAGCGGCCAAAAGCAGCAGUCUCGGCUUCGCCCUGGCCGGGGGUGCGCUGACCGCGGUGCUGGGGUAUUUCCUGGUCACCAGGAAGGGCCGAAGGAAGUCGGGGGAGCCCGUGGGAGAGCCUGGCCCGGGAGGAGGCAGCCCCCCAGCGCCCAACCCCAAGAGGAUCGACGUUGCCUAUGUAAACGUCCUGAAGCCCACUGGAUCUGCCCCAUGGUCACAGAUCGCCCUGGAGAUACCCCCGGAGUCUGACCCCAACUAUCAGACCCUGAUCUCCAGAGAAAUGAACAUCUACGACCAGAUCCGUCCACCUGCCUAAUAGAAGAGGCUCUGCCUGGUCCACAUUGGCCCAGGGUCCACCCCCAGGGCCCCCAUAAGGUCUGGUGUCCCGGGGAGGGGACUUCUUCCAAGGCCUCAGGCAGCACCCCCAGAUUGUUGUAGCCUCAGAACAGAAUGGGAAGUCUACAAGCUGUUCCAGCCAAAGGCGAAGCUUGUCCUGUCUGACUCAAUGCUCUGCGUUCCCUUCUGGAAUAAUCUUGUGUUAAAAAGAGCCUAGCCCCUUCACUGUGGUCCCCUCCAUCUCCCUGCUCCUGAUAGGUGUGUUCCUCCACAAAUGGUAAACUCCUUGAGGGCAUGGAUUAUGUCUACGAAUUCUAUUGUACCCUCCCAUAUACUCAAUCCAAU